UAAUUUGAUGAGGAGGAUCCUAUCAGAGGAGCUCCAAUCUCAAAGAAAAGACAAGAGGAAAAUGGAAGUUUACUUUUUUUUCCCUCUUCUUUAGGGGUUUGGUUGAUCUGCAACCUAAACAAAGAGCAUUUUGUUGUCAGCGGACAUGGCGGUGCCAGGAUGGGAAUUGAAUUCACAAAACCAAGAAUAGGGAGUACUCUUGCCCCAUACCCUGUACGGAGUACACCCAAACUCUUUGCUCAAUACAAGGCAACGUGCAGAAAAGAUUCAGCAUACUCCGGCACUUACGCAGGAGAGUUCCAAUUUUAGCUCUUCAAUGAAUUUUAUAUGAGACAAACUGCAAACAAAGGCUGACGAGUUGUCUUCGCUGCUAGUGUUGGAUACCGCAGAGCGAAAGAGAGGUGCAAACCUGAGUGACGCAUGUCAACGUCUACCAUGUCAUUGGUGUGCAUAUUUUGUCCUCCGCCUAGCAAAGUCUUAGACAAGUGAAUGCUCGGCGAGCAAGGUCCGGUAUGUUUGUACCAGGAUGACACAUCCUCGAAGACUGGUUUGUGGCUGUGGUGUUUCAAUCGUGGCCCAAGUACUCUGUACACGCAGUCACUUUUGAUGGAAGAGAUGGAAUUGCCGACAGAGAGUUGUGCCAGAACACACACUUCAUUCAGCAAGCCGCUCCGGUAAAUUCGUUUAUGCUCGGGCGGGAGAAUUUACAAAUGUGUCAAAGCCCGAAGACCAGCCCCCGUUUUAACUCCACCUGAAGUCCCAGGGUCUUCGUUAAGAAAUUGACCAAAAUAACCUACCGCAUUGUUGGAUUAACUAAAUGGCUGCGGAUCCCAGGCGACUUGCUAGGGGGAACGGGACUGAUCGGAAUUCAACGCCACACAAGGUGGACGGCAAUUCGAGAGAUGAGGUUGCAAGGUUCCGUUGGACCCUUGCUGGAUCCAAGACUAAAGAACAGCGUCGGUCCGGCCACCAUCCUAUUCAAGAUCCUAACGGUAGAUCCUUGCCGCGGAGAGCUGGGCCCAAGCACCCAAUGUGCCUGAAUUCUCCUGAUCAUCUACUCAAGGACGUACAGAUCCAACUUUUCUUAGCUCGCAAGGGCAGAGUCUCGACCAUGUCACAGCUCAGUCCUAGGCUCGAAGAUCACAAUUUCGGAGAAAAUUCCAUCCAGGGUGUUUUCAGAAGAGAGGAUCGCCAAGGCGUAUGUUGAGGAUGCCGUGGAACUCCCGGUGUAGUCACAUUGGGCUCAACACAAGCAAAAAGCUGCAGCGUAACGUACUCCUCUCGGGCCCAGUGGAGGCAAAUUUUCUGCGUCUGCUAACCUCAAUGACAACAUCGUGCCUCCGUGAUGGAAGACCUUCGUCGAGACGGCCAAAACUUGCCCUUUGGCAUUUUGAGAGUGGAUCAUAACCUUGCCCCGGUUUGACUCUCCCCGCGCCGUGUCUGGCUCCGUUCAUAAUCAAAGAGGGGUCAAAUAAACGCGCAAUACUCCGAAGAGGCAUGGAAUGGCAAAAGUUUUCUGCCUAGAAAAUACAUUCCUUGGGCUGCGGCGCAAGGAUUUAAGAGUAAGCGGAAAAAUAAACAAAACUAAUCCAUGAUCAAAACUCCGUUUCUCUCCGAACUUUUCUCCAGUAAUGUCCAGUGAAGGGGCAGUGAGACUCUUAUGGCCGAUACGUUCCAGUCUCCGCUUUGUCGUACAUAUCGUCAAUUGAAGACCACAGAGAAGUCGACUCCGUGGCUGGCAGCCCUGGAAACCCUACCAUGUCAAGAGCUUCAGUUGCGUUGCGGCACUCAGUACUCAUUCAGUCUCACUUUAUCCUCGUUCUUUGCUUAUCAUCCUUGGUCAUCUUAUGAUCUUCCCCACCAUCGACGACCGAGCUUUUCAAUACCAACUCGCCACCCCCUCUUUUGCAAGCAUUUAAACGACCUGCACAGCAACAUGAGACGAGGACGCUUCUAGAUUUGUUUUCAUGCAGACAAUGGUUCAGUAGCUAUUGUGGAAUUUUCAAAGUGCUAAGUGCACCCGUUCCUGUAUGAUUUGCAUUGGGACUGAGUUGAAUACCCGGGUAGCCCUCUUACAAUGACAACAGUUAAUUUUUUCCCCUGUUGACGAACAUAUAUUUGUACUUGCCCUGUAUCUACAGUGCAAAGGGCUAAGGUGCUCUUCGAAAUCCAAACUUCUUCGGUAUUUGGGGGAUCAAGGAUCGUACAGCAUAUUCCAAA